AUGUCCAGCUUCACCCCCUUUGAUUGCCGCCUCCUUCCCCCGGGCUUCCCAAACGCCACAGCUGCCUUCCCAGCCGCAGCCUCCUGGGGCGGCUCCGCGAGAGCGUGGAGGCGCCAGGAAACUCGCCGUCACCGGCCCCGAGGAGUAAACAGGGCGGGCGCCCAGCGGCGCCCAGGUGCUCGAGCAAAAUGGUUCCUGGAGAAGCUCAAACCAGAAGGUCUGUACAAGCUGCUAGCUGGCUUUGAGGACAAGUCUGCCUAUGCUCUUUGUACCUUCGCGUUCAGUCCUGGAAACCCAGAGGAGCCAGUGAAGCUGUUCAAAGGCCAGACGCACGGGCUGAUAGUUGAGCCCAGAGGCCCUAGAGACUUUGGCUGGGAUCCCUGCUUUCAGCCUGAUGGUUACGAACAGACUUACGCCGAGCUGCCCAAGGCAGUGAAGAACUCGAUCUCGCACCGUUACAGAGCACUGAACGAGCUCUCCACCUUCUUCCUCCAGAACAACUCGACAGACGCCCCAGACUGCCCCAGCUAG